AUGGCUUUAAUCCGCCUUGUCAAUCAGGUCCAACGUCAACAGUCGCAAUUGAGGCAGUUGGGCAGUGUGUGUGCUCGACAUUAUUUCAAUGGCCCAAACACCCAGAGAAGCGGAGUGCACGCAUAUGAUACUGCCAGAAGAAGGUUUUAUGCAAGCUAUGCUAGUCGUCUAGGCCGCAGGAGUGAUGAAUUAAGUGACACUUCGUAUCUGAGGGAACUUUUUAACCGAGAAGGACCUGAGGCUGUUAUCAGGACAUUCGAAACCCAGCCUUCGAUGCAGUCGAACCCAUCAGCACUUGCAGAGUAUGUUAAAGCACUAGUUAAGGUCGAUAAGCUGGAUGAAAGUGAACUUCUUAAAACAUUGCAGAGAGGGAUGUCAAGUUCUCCCAACCCUCAUUUGGAAGAAGAUGCAGUUGGUGCUUUUUCAGCUUUUCGGAAUGUGGGGAAAUCCACAAAGGAUGGCGUCCUUGGUACUGCUAGUGCCCCUAUACAUAUGGUGGCUGCUGAGGGAGGGCAUUUUAAAGAGCAGUUAUGGAGGACUGUUCGUGCUUUGGGUUUGGCGUUUCUUUUAAUCUCUGGUGUUGGUGCACUCAUCGAAGAUAGAGGAAUCAGUAAAGGACUGGGCCUGAACGAAGAGGUGCAACCAAGUAUGGAAUCUAGUACAAAGUUUAGUGAUGUUAAGGGAGUUGAUGAAGCCAAAUCGGAGCUGGAAGAAAUUGUUCACUAUCUACGAGACCCUAAGCGUUUUACUCGAUUGGGUGGGAAGCUUCCAAAAGGUGUUCUACUUGUUGGACCCCCUGGAACUGGAAAGACCAUGCUGGCAAGGGCUAUAGCUGGAGAAGCUGGUGUGCCUUUUUUCUCUUGUAGUGGCAGUGAAUUCGAGGAAAUGUUUGUUGGUGUGGGGGCUCGGAGAGUGAGAGAUCUCUUUUCCGCUGCCAAGAAGCGCUCACCGUGUAUAAUUUUUAUUGAUGAGAUUGAUGCCAUUGGAGGAAGCCGGAAUCCGAAGGACCAGCAGUACAUGAAAAUGACUCUGAAUCAGUUGCUUGUUGAAUUGGAUGGCUUCAAGCAGAAUGACGGGAUUAUUGUGAUUGCUGCAACCAAUUUCCCAGAGUCCCUGGAUAAGGCUUUGGUGAGACCAGGGCGGUUUGAUCGCCAUAUAGUUGUUCCAAAUCCUGAUGUUGAAGGAAGGAGACAAAUCUUGGAAUCACACAUGUCAAAGGUUCUUAGGGGUGAUGAUGUUGAUCUGACAAUCAUUGCCCGAGGAACUCCUGGAUUCUCAGGAGCUGAUCUUGCAAACUUGGUCAACGUGGCAGCGCUGAAGGCGGCAAUGGAUGGUGCCAAAGCAGUUACACUGGCCGAUCUUGAGUAUGCCAAGGACAAAAUCAUGAUGGGAAGUGAGCGCAAAUCAGCUGUUAUAUCAGACGAGUCACGGAAACUCACAGCUUUUCAUGAGGGUGGCCAUGCUCUUGUUGCUAUUCAUACUGAUGGUGCUCUCCCUGUUCACAAAGCAACCAUUGUCCCACGUGGAAUGGCCCUUGGUAUGGUCUCCCAACUGCCAGAAAAGGAUGAGACAAGUAUUUCUCGUAAGCAGAUGUUGGCCCGUCUUGAUGUUUGCAUGGGUGGGCGAGUUGCAGAGGAGCUCAUUUUUGGAGAGGAUGAAGUAACUUCAGGUGCAUCUUCUGAUCUGCAGCAAGCAACCAGUCUUGCCAGAGCAAUGGUGACAAAAUAUGGAAUGAGCAAAAAUGUUGGACUUGUUACUCACAACUAUGAUGACAAUGGGAAGAGCAUGAGCACUGAAACUAGGCUCCUAAUAGAAGAGGAAGUAAGGCAGUUAUUGGAAAGAGCUUACAACAAUGCGAAAACCAUUCUUACUACACACAAUAAAGAACUCCAUGCUCUGGCUAAUGCAUUACUUCAGCAAGAGACGCUGUCUGGAAGUCAGAUAAAGACCCUUCUAGCCCAGUUGAAUUCUAAUCAGAAGCAACAGCAGCAACUGCAAACAGUUACCUCACAGAGCACAUCGCAGUCCAGUUCAACUCCCAAUCCAGCGGCAUCUGCAGCAGCGGCAGCAGCAGCAGCGGCAGCAGCUGCUACUGCAGCCGCCAAGGCUAAAGGCGUUGCACCUGUUGGAUCUUAG